AUGAAGCAGCACUGUUCUCAGAGAAUAGCCAGCCUGCGUGGCGGCGGCCGUGACGCCUUUGCCCGGCUUGCUACUACCACUGCCUCCUCCCUCGCCUCCGGCAAUGGCGGCGUACGGGCCUCGACCCUAGCCCAGGCCAGGCGCCACCUCUCCCUUCGCCUCGCCCCGACCACCAUGACCUCCACCACCUCGCGGACCUCGUCGGCCACCUCGACCACCAUGACCACUCGCGGCAGGUGGUGCCAGGGAGGAGCACUGGCCUGGUCGCGGGCCAACACCACGUCGGCCGCCAUGACCGACGGCGAGCCCAAGCAGACCCAGGAGGAGAAGAAGGCCGCGGCCUCCAACCCCUCCAUCGCUGCCCAGCAGACCGUCGAGCGCGCUCAGCAGCAAAGUGGCAAGUCGACGAGGGUGGCCUACACCCUGCCGCACCCCAUUUGGCAGAACGAGUACGUAGAUGCGGUGGAGAUCAACCACACGCCGCCUGAGAACCUCACCGACAAGCUCGCCCUCAACACCGUGCGUCUCAUGAGAUUCAACUUUGACUGGAUGAGCGGGUACUCGUGGGGCAAGCUGACGGAGGCCGACUGGCUGCGUCGAAUCAUCUUCCUCGAGACCGUGGCGGGCGUGCCCGGCUCCGUGGCCGCCAUCCUGAGGCACCUCCACUCGCUGCGCCGCCUGAAGAGGGACCACGGCUGGAUCCACACUCUCCUGGAGGAGGCCGAGAACGAGCGCAUGCACCUGUUGACGGGGCUCAAGCUCAAGCAGCCUGGCAAGAUCUUCAGGACCGCCGUGUGGGUCACUCAGGGCAUCUUCUUCAACUUCUUCUUCGCCGCCUACCUCGUCUCCCCGCGGUUCUGUCAUCGAUUCGUGGGCUAUCUCGAAGAGGAGGCGGUGAGGACCUACACCCACCUGCUCCACGACCUCGACGCCGGGAAGCUGCCCGAGUGGAAGGACACUCCCGCCCCGGAGAUCGCCCGCCAAUACUGGAAGAUGGGUGAUGAUGCCAAGUGGAGGGACGUGGUGGCAUUGAUCAGAGCCGACGAAGCGCACCACAGGGAGGUCAACCACACCUUUGCCAACCUCCAGCUCGAGCAGGACAACCCGUUCCCUCCGGGCCACUAA